AUGGCCGCUCAGGACGACGCAGCAGCCUCCAAUGGCGCGACCGAAGCUGCUACGGUGCCUCAAGAUGGCAAUGAAGCCAUGGUAGAAUCCAUCUCCAAUGCUAAAGGGGAACAAAAAAAAGCCAAAAAGUUCUUCUCGGAGUUCUUCGUCUAUUUCCAGCUUCUCGUCUACGCCAACCCAACAUGGAUCGACAUCUCCCUUCUCGUCACCGGCGCGGUUUCCGCAGCUGCAGCAGGAGUGCCGUUCCCUCUCAUGGGAAUCCUCUUCGGCCAGCUCGUCGACGACCUCAACACCGCCAGCUGUGACGCCAAAACCCCUGACGCGGACGAGGCCUCGCGCAUCCAGUCCUCCAUCGACAGCAAAGUCCUCGAGCUUACUUACAUUGGUAUCGCCAGUUUUGUCCUGAUAUACAUCUACAUCGUCAGCUGGAGCAUCUUCAGCCGUCGACUAGAAGCACGCAUCAGAGACCGCUAUUUCCAGGCACUGCUGCAGCAAGACGCGACUUUUUACGACCAACGCCAGGCCGGUGAGCUUUCAUCUCGCCUCAAUGCAGACGUCCAGGCUGUCCAGUCAGGUACCUCCGAGAAAGUCGGCAUCUGCAUCGCCUGCACGUCCUUUUUCUUGACGGCAUACAUCGUCGCCUUUAUCAAGAACUGGAGGCUUGCGGCCAUGCUUCUAUCCCUUAUCCCUGCCUUCUUCCUCAUGGCUGGUCUGGGAAGUGCAUUCACGGCGAAAUAUACGAGUGCCAUGUCUGACGCGAUAGGAUCCGCCUCGUCCAUCGCUCAGGAGACCUUGUCCAAUAUUGCUGUUGUCCAGGCUUUUGGUGCCGGGCCACGCCUAGAGGGCAAGUUUUCUUCCCAGAUGAUGAAUGCUCAGAAAAAGGGCAUCAAGAAGGCAUUUGCCGCAGCUGUCCAGGCCGGUACUCUGUAUUUCAUUGCCUACGCCGCGAAUGCAUUGUCCUUUUGGCAAGGCAGCCACCAGAUUGUCAAAACAAUUGCCGAUCCCAGCGGCGUAUCAGUGGGAGAGAUUUACACCGUCAUAUUCCUCCUCGUGGACGCUUGUGUUGUCUUUGGCUCGAUCGCGCCUCUCCUGCCUCUGCUGGGGGGUGCAUCCACGGCAUUCCAAAAGCUACGACAAGAUAUCGAAACCCCAGCCAUCAUCAACUCUGGAUCAGAUUCCGGCCUCAAACUCUCAGACUCUGCCGCCGCCUCGAUUUCAUUCCGCAACGUCACCUUUGCCUACAUCUCUCGGCCAGACCAACCUGUUCUCAAGAAUGUUUCUUUUGACUGUCCCGCAGGCAAGUACACCGCUAUCGUCGGACUAUCCGGCAGCGGCAAAUCCACUGUAGCCGGCUUGACGACGAGAAUCUACGACCCUCAAGAUGGAAAGGUGUUACUUGACGGACAUGACCUAAAAGAUCUAAACGUGAAAAACCUGAGAAGCUUCAUCAGCUUGGUUCAACAAGAACCAUCACUGUUAGAUCGAUCAAUCUUGGAAAAUAUCGCACUAGGACUAUUCAACUCGCCGUGGGAGAAGUUCCAAAAAUUCCAAUCCAUCAUCCUAGGACAGGGACUUGCCGAGGUGGCAGCUAAGGUCAGAGAUGGACAGGACUUGACCACCGCUGCACAGGCGCACAGUCAGGAUAUGGCUGAACUUGUGGAAAUGGUUCGUCACUCCGCGUCUCUAGCAGACGCCUCAAAUUUCAUCGACAGGCUGGAAAACGGAUAUGGAACCAUUGUUGGCACCGCAGGAAAACUCGUCAGUGGAGGGCAGAGGCAGAGACUGGCCUUUGCUCGCGCUCUCAUCCGAGACCCCAAGAUCCUUCUCCUUGACGAAGCUACGGCAUCCCUGGAUUCAGCCAGCGAGCGGCGCAUCCAGGAGGCCGUCGAGUCCAUCUCCAAGGGUCGUACCAUCAUCGCCAUCGCGCAUCGUCUGUCCACAAUCAAGAAUGCUGACAACAUCAUUGUUAUGAACAAUGGCGAAAUCAUUGAGCAAGGCACUCAUCUGGAGCUCAUGGCUCUGGAUGGCUCAUAUGCCGGUAUGGUUCGUCUACAGAAUCUGACGUCCAAAGAACAUGACGACACACCAUCUCUAUCCAGCACAUCCAAGGGUGACACCGACAUCAUACUCUCAGAGAAGGAAGCCGCUCUAGAUGAAACCACGCGAGCGUCAAAGGAAGAGCUUUCAGCUUCGACUUCAAACGGGCGGGAAUCCGAACAGGAGGCUGUUACAGAAGUAAAGGCGCUCGAUGACAGCCAGUCACCUUGGACAAUCAUCAAGAGUCUUGGCCGCAUGCUCAGACCACAUCUACUGAUGCUUCUCUUAGCCGUCUUCUCCGCCGUCAUCGUUGGCGGUACUUUCUCUUCAGCAGGUGUCAUUUUUGGCAACACGGUUGAAAAGGUGAGUCCCUGCAAUUCGACCCAUCAGAUCCUGUGGGCAGGCAAGUUCUUUGGCGGUCUUUUCUUCAUGCUAGCCGUCGUUGAGCUGUUCGCAUAUACAGGAAGCUGGUUUGGCUUUGGUUACAUUGCAGAAAAGCUCCUCUACAAAAUCCGCGUGCUCACCUUCCGAUCUCUGUAUGAACAAGAGCUGGACUGGCAUCAAUCAGAAGGCCGUUCUCCAGCCUCGUUGCUCUCCAUCAUCACAGCGGAUGCCGCUGCCGUUGGUGGCUUCAGCGGGUCCAUCAUGGGAACAAUGUUCUCCAUUGUCGUCAACUUCUUGGUUGCCAUCAUUUUGUCCCACAUUAUUGCGUGGAAAAUUGCCAUUGUGUGCUUGGUCACAGUCCCCAUCCUCCUGGGCUCAGGCAUCAUGCAAGUACGAUCACUCUCACGCUUUGAGCGAAAACAUGCCGGAGCAUUCUCCAAUGCCCUCGGCAUUACUGUCGAAGCUGUCACCUCGUUCAAAACGGUAUCCUCGCUUUCAAUCGAAGAUGAAAUACUGAACACGUAUCGUCGAGCACUCAAGGCUCCGCAAAGGGAAAUGGCCCUCGCCAGUGUUUACACCAACUUUUGGCUCGCAAUCGCCAACAGCAUCGGCAACCUCAUCUAUGCUUUUGCGUACUGGUGGGGCUCAACCAGAAUCACAAAGGGAGAAUACAGCCAGGCUCAGUUCUUCAUUAUUCUCAUGGCCAUGCUUGUAAGUGCCCAGCUGUGGGGUCAGAUGUUUACGUUGGCCCCCGAGGUCUCGCGAUCCAGAGCAGCAGCAUCCAGAAUCCUGAGUCUCAUAAAUCUUGGGUCCUCCAAGCGCCUUGAUGCCAAAGACACCGAGCUUGUCCUCUCGUCACGCGGAGAGAAAGAUAUUGAAGCUACGCCAGAUGCAGUCUCAAGUCGCGUGCUCAACUCGAACCGUGGUGGAGCCACAAUCACCUUCCGAGAUGUCUCCUUUGCAUAUCCUGCUCGGCCGCACAUUCAGAUUCUAAAAGGUAUGUCAUUCACUAUACCCGCCGGCCAAUUUUGUGGUCUCGUGGGGCCAUCGGGAGCUGGCAAGUCCACCAUCAUGUCACUUGUUCAGAGAAUGUAUCGCCCGACUGGUGGAGCUGUCGAAAUCGAUGGGGUCGACAUCUGCGCUCGUGAGGGUGUGGAUUUCCGCCAUGAUAUCGCCGUAGUGCCUCAGGACUGUGCCUUAUUCGACGGAACAAUCAAGUUCAACGUGGGACUCGGCGCUGUGCCAGGUCACGAAGCGACCGACUCGGAGAUCGAGGAAGCCUGCAAGCUAGCCAACAUCCACGACACCAUCAUGUCCCUGCCCAAGGGUUAUGACACAGAAUGCGGCCCUAAUGGAUCUCGAUUGUCUGGGGGCCAGCGCCAAAGAUUAGCCAUUGCGAGGGCACUAGUCCGAAAGCCGCGGCUGCUACUGCUCGACGAAAGCACCAGUGCCCUCGACGCAGAGAGCGAAAGGGCACUGCAAGAAGGCCUAGAGCAGGCAGCCAGAGGCAUCACCGUGAUUGCCAUCACUCAUAGACUGCACACCGUUCGCAAAGCUGACGUGAUCUUCGUGGUCGAGGGCGGCCAAGUGGUCGAUAGAGGACGUCACGAGGAGCUUGUGGAGAGAAGCGAAUCGUAUAGGAUCAAUGCCCUGCAGCAGAUGUUAGGCUAG